AUGACCUCCUCCAGCACUGAUAAUACAGUGCCCGCGGCGUCCAUUGGUGGUCUUCAGGUUCAAGCGCUGUUGAACGUCAGUGGCACCAGUACUGUCACAUUGACUUCUGCCCUCUAUGAGGUUGUGCAAAAUGCAGUUAUCACUGCUCUUCAAGAAGUGGCCACAGCUUCUACUGGAGCUCCUGCUUUAGCAGGACCCUCCGCUCCUGCGAUACCUGCUACCCUGACCAAUACUGUCCCUACUGCUACUGCAUUUCAGACGACCAAUAUGGUUACUACUCCGGCCAAUACUGCCGCACUUCCAGUGAGGACUCACUGUGGUGUGACGUACCAUGUUCCUCGCCCAGAUGCCUCCAGCCCUUUCUACUGGGUCAACUGUGGCUGUCAUAUUGGCAUUUUCGCGACUUGGCAGGGAGCAUCUACCCAUGUAACCGGAGUGAGCCGCUCAUCCUUUUCCAGAGUUCACUCGGUUGCCGAGGGUAUUAGAUUGAUCACGGAGGCAAUUGACUGCAGGGAGACUGAGAUUAUUCCUUAA